AUGCCGGAACAGGACAUCCACUUGAAGGUGGUUCUUGCGUGUAUCUGGGGGGACACGAAGGGUGACGCGUGCGGAAGGACAACGCUCAGUGUCGUGGUGUUGGAGGGUUUGGUGAAGAUGACCAAGGUCCUGCUAUGCACACCAUCCGCUCGCAACAGCAAAUCCACUGCAUCCAAGACCAAUGGCGCCAACCCCCUUGUCGCCGACGACGAAGGUCGUUGCCCACUCCACAUCGCUGCCUGGCAGGGUCAAAUCGAUUUGGUGUACCUCCUGUUACAGGUAACCACACCAACUACAUUUCGAUGCGAGCUUUAG